CACAGACACACACACUGACAAACACACAUACUGCCACGCACAGACACACACUGACACACACACAAACACACUGACGCAGACACACACACACACACACACACACACAGACACACAGAGAAGCAACACCCAUCGCGAUGCCUUCCAGCCAUGUGCCAUUGCCCAGCAGCGAGGUGGGCAGACGUCCAGAGGCAGCGAUCGCCCCGACAGUACCGACAGACGCCGAGCGGCGGGCUGGUGUGGAGCACGGGGCGAAGAAAAGUGGCUGGCAGCGAUGCUGCCCCUGGUUGAGCAGCUGCUGCCCGUGCGGGAGGAAGAGCAGCAAGUCCUACGAUGUGGCGGACGCAGAGGUCGAGGAAGAGGCUGGAGAGACUACGGAUGGAGGGAAAGACGACCGGCUGGAGGUCACGAACCUCGACCUCCUGAAGGGCAGCCAGGAGGUCAACCAGCAGAGGCACCACACGGCCGAGUUCGAGUGCACGGAGCUGGUGGUGAGGCGGGGUCAGCCCUUCGAGAUCAGGCUGCGGUUUAACCGACCCUAUGACCCCCAGAGCGACACGGUGCGGCUGGAACUGAGGACAGGGGACAACCCACAGCCGGCGAAAGGGACCCACGUGACGCUCGCCCCAGUCGAACAGCCCGAGAGGGGCCAGUGGGGCGCGGAGGUGCUGGACAGGACGGGGGGCGGCCGGGGGCUCUCCCUCUCGGUCCACAGCCCCCCGGGCUGCCCGGUGGGCAGGUACCGACUCUCCGCCCGCACGCAGGACCCCGCAGGGCCGGGCAAGUGGCUCGAGGAGGCCGUCUACAUCCUGUUCAACCCUUGGUGCCCAGAUGACGUUGUAUUUGUGGACGAAGAGAAAAUGAGGAACGAGUAUGUCCUGAACGAGACUGGACGCAUCUACUACGGGACCGAGAAACAGAUUGGGGCUCGGACCUGGAACUUCGGACAGUUCUCCAAGGGCAUCCUGGAAGCCUGCCUCUUCAUGCUGGACAGAAGCAAGAUGCCGGUGGCAGGGCGAGGCGAUGCUGUUAGUAUCGUGCGUGUCAUCUCGGCCAUGAUUAACUCCCAGGAUGAUUGUGGUGUUCUGGUGGGAAACUGGUCAGGUCAGUAUACAGGGGGCACAGCCCCGACUGCCUGGAUAGGGAGUGGCGAUAUCUUACUCCAGUAUCACCGGACAGGCGAACCCGUCCAGUAUGGACAAUGCUGGGUCUUCUCUGGAGUGGUCACCACAGUUCUCCGCUGCCUGGGUAUCGCUGCCCGCUCGGUCACUAAUUUCGCCUCAGCCCAUGAUACCGAUGUCAGUCUGACCACCGACGUCUUUCUGGACGAAGAGAUGAAGCCCCUGGACCACAUGAACUAUGACUCCAUCUGGAAUUUCCACGUCUGGAAUGAUUGUUGGAUGGCCAGACCAGAUCUCCCGGCUGGUUUCGGAGGUUGGCAGGCGAUUGAUGCCACCCCACAGGAGACCAGCUCUGGUCAGUAUUGCUGUGGACCUGCUUCUGUGGAGGCAAUCCGGAAUGGAAUGGUCUACCUCAAAUACGAUGCCCCUUUCAUCUUUGCUGAGGUGAACAGUGACAAAGUCUUCUGGCAGAGGCAGACGGAUGGAACGUUCCAGAAAGUGCUGGUGCUGAAGAAAGCGGUCGGCCACCAGAUGAGCACCAAGGCCGUGGGCUCUGACGAGCGGGACGAUAUAACCGAAUCCUACAAGUACACUGAAGGGACGGACGAGGAGCGUAUCGCCGUGGAGACUGCCUGUCGUCACGGCAGCCGGCCGGACACCUACGCCGACCAGUACACCGCAAGCGAUGUCGAGGUGACGGUGCACACUGACGACGGGAUCAUCAUGGGCAGCGACUUCACUGUGACGGUGGGCGUGGCCAACACCGGCUCCGAGUGCCGCUCCCUCACCCUCUUCGUCCAGGCCAUCGUCAUGUACUACACCGGCGUCGCCAAGGGGUCCCUUAAGAAGGAUAAGCGUGAUGUCCUUCUGGAGCCACAUGAAAAGAAGGAAGUGAAGCUGGUGUUCCAUAAUGAAGACUAUCUGGAGUUCCUGGUAGACCAGGCAGCUAUGAUGUUCACUGUCACUGGCCGGGUUAAGGAGACCGGACAAGCCAUUGUCAACCAGCACACUUUCCGACUCCGGACUCCGGACCUGAUGAUCACGCCUCUGGGAGAUGCCCAGGUGGGCAAACCGAUGAAGGUGGAAAUUGCAUUGACGAACCCGCUCCCUAAGUCCCUGAAGAAUGUCACCCUGCGGAUUGAGGGACCUGGGCUCCAGAAUCCAGGGAAAGUUAACAUUGGGGAUGUACCCCGUCAUGCCAGUAUCACAGUCACGGAGACCCUGGUACCCCUCAAGCCUGGCUGCAGGAAACUGAUCGCCAGCCUGGAUUGUCAGCAGCUCACCCAGGUCCAUGGAGUGGCCGAGGUCUUGGUGCAGGAGAGCUGAACCCAUUAACAACAGCACCCCCCCCUCCCACUGCAACUCCCCCAACCCGAACCCUCACUCCCUACCCUCCCCAACGCCCC